AUGUCAAAUUUCAUCCGGGAUAAGCCGCUGCGAAAAACCGCCGCGGAAGGAUACGAAAAUGACAGCGACCGAGAGUUUAUCGCUGAUUCCAGCGACGAUAAAGAUGAUGAUUCUCAAUCUGAUUCUGAACUGGGCUCUGAUUCAUCGGAUGCUGUGGAAAGAAUGAAUAGGGAGGAAUACAAGCGAAGCACGCGAAAAGUUACAAGAAGAGGGCGGGUAAAGAAAGAAAUUGAAUCCGAGAUUACCAGUGCUUCCUCUUCGGAUGAAAUCACCAUCAAGAAGAAGCGGAAGGUAAUGAGCUCUUCCAGCGAUGAGGAAGCCCCGCCGCCUGUUGAUGCGCCUCCGAAACCAGCACCAAAAAGAAGCAAGAGAAAGAGGAAUCUUUCGUCUUCCGAGGAAGAGGCGAAUGAACAGAAUUCAGCGGACUCUUCGGAAGAUGCAACGAAAGCUACGCCGCUUAGAAGAUCGAGAAGAAAAACAAGACAGAAUAGGGUUCGGAAAGUCUUCGUUUCCGUUGACAGUGAUGAUGACAAGCCAUCAACCCAGAACCUUGCGUCGAGCGGAGAAGAGCCCGAGAAGCCAACCAACACAAAGACAGUUCCAGUGGAGACACCGAUGUGCGAAGAUCAGUAUUCGAAAACGUACGGUGGCGAUUUCACGGAACUUGUAAUCGUGAUCACCCCCCUGACGAAGCGCGAGAUUAAAUUACAAACCAAAGCUGGCUGGCUAGACGAUGAAGCGGACGAAAAGCGACCUUCAGAGACAGAAUCUUCUGACGGCGACAUUGAGCCUUUCAAACCCGAUUCUCACAAUUGCUCCUUCGCGAAGCCGAAAGUUAUCGUCUCCUCCGACGAAUCAGAUGUGGAGACGAAGGCACAGCGAAAAAUACGACGACCCAUGAUCGUGGAGUCUUCUGAUUCAGAUGAAGAAAAGCCAAUUCCAGCUAAACGAGCUCCACGAGCGUGGCAGAAUACUGACGAAAGCUCGAGCGACGAGGAUAUGGACAAAGAUCUAUCUGAUUUUGUCGUCUCUGAUGAAGAAAGUCAGAAGAAAAAACAGAAAGAAAAGACGCAAGUAAUUCAUGAUAGCGAAUCUGAGUCUUCCGAAGAAGAAAGGCCGGGAAACCGAUCCAUUCUAGCAGAACUGGCGCCUGAACUCAUGCAAGAUCUUAGAAGAGAUCAAGUCUUGAGCAAGGCUGAUUUCAAGUUGAUUAUCAAACUGUUUGUUAUGGACAAUUUGAACUCGAAGAGCUUGGACAAUGCAAACGGUACGCGCGAUGGGUUUUCAGAAGAAUUCACCGAGUUCAAUCAGAAAGUGCGAAGAGCGAUAAACAAGAUGGACAAUUCGCUGAACGAAAGCAUGAGCAAAUGCGUCACUGGAGCUUGGAAUGCCAUUGUCAGACGAAGGAUUGAUAUGCAUUCGACCAUGUCUACCGUUCCAGCGAUGAACAUCUGGAAAUGCAAAGUUUGUAAUCGGAGAAGAAAGUGUAGCGUAAUGGUAAGCCUUGUGGGAUACGAGUACAACAGGUCAAGUCUGAGGCAAAACAAACAUGCCGACUAUGAGAUUACGGACGAGGAAAUUCCAUUCAUGGAGGAUGUGAACGGGCAACAAGAGUACAAGAAUGAAGAUGAUGAUGAAGAGACGGAGGAGGAGAAAGUACCAGGAGUGCUCUUUAGUGUCGGCCCAAGAUGCUUUUUCAGAAUGGACUUGUACCACGAGGCCCGUCACUAUAAGGCGGCACUUUAUGCGGAAAUCCAGGAAGAGUACGCUCAUCAGCUUGAAAACGACGAUGCUCUUCAGAAAGCUCACUGGGAAGCAGAACGUGAUGAGCACAAACCCGAUCGUCUCGUGGGCGCAGAUCUUUUUCGAGUAGCAGAUCUAUUCGUGGAGAAGAUGGAAGGAUAUAUAGAUACCAGCUACGCUCAGUACACUGGCAUUGGAAUUCGAGCACGAGAUGUCGACCUCCAAGCUGGCUACAUCGACGAAGAAUGA